AUGGCCGACGAAAAAUCGAGUCGGCAAAAGGAGGUGGAUGAUUGGCUGCCGAUGACGGCCUCCCGAAAGGCCAAGUGGUGGUCCUCCACCAUCCACAACGUCACCGCCAUGGUUGGCGCCGGUGUACUCAGCCUCCCCUACGCCAUGUCCAACAUGGGAUGGGGUCCCGGGAUAACCCUCAUGCUCUUAUCAUGGAUCAUCACUCUAUACACCCUAUGGCAAAUGGUCGAAAUGCACGAGAUGGUCCCCGGCAAGAGGUUUGACCGUUAUCACGAGCUCGGUCAGCACGCUUUUGGCGAGAAGCUCGGUCUCUACAUAGUCGUUCCUCAACAAGUCGUCGUCAAUGUCAGCACGUGCAUCGUCUACAUGGUCACCGGUGGCAAAUCCCUCAAGAAAUUCGUUGAGACAGGCUGGCCCGGUCACCACGAAUUGAGCCUCACUCUCUACAUUUUCAUCUUCUCCUCCGUCCACUACUUCCUCUCCCACCUCCCGAACCUCAGCUCGAUCGCGCUCGUUUCUCUAGCCGCAGCCACCAUGUCCCUCACUUAUUCGACCGUGGCUUGGGUGGCUUCUCUAGCGAAAGGGGCCCAACCUGAUGUAAGCUAUGCGCUUAGAGGUUCGAGCCCACCGGCUAAUGUGAUGAACUUCUUCAAUGCAAUGGGGGAUAUAGCAUUUGCGUACGCGGGCCACAAUGUGGUCCUUGAGAUCCAAUCACAAAUACCUUCGACCUACGAAACCCCGUCCAAGAAGCCCAUGUGGAAAGGGGUUAUGUUUGCUUACUUAGUCGUGGCUAUAUGCUACUUGCCCGUGGCCUUUGUAGGGUACUAUGUGUUCGGGAACUCUGUGGAUGAUAAUAUCUUGCAGACGCUCGAGAAGCCCGCUUGGCUGGUUGCUGCCGCGAAUUUGUUCGUGUUCGUGCAUGUCAUCGGGAGCUAUCAGGUAUAUGCCAUGCCUGUGUUUGAUAUGCUCGAGACGUUCUUGGUGAAGCAGAUAAAGUUUAACCCUUCGGGAAAGCUUCGGUUCACGACACGUACCAUAUUCGUGGCAUUCACAAUGUUUGUUGGGAUGACAUUCCCCUUCUUUGGUGGUUUACUUGGGUUCUUUGGUGGAUUUGCUUUGGCCCCUACAACUUACUAUCUCCCUUGCAUUAUAUGGCUGAUUGUGAGGAAACCCAAAAGGUUUAGCUUCUCCUGGUGGAUAAAUUGGGUAUUCAUUGUUCUUGGAGUUAUAUUGAUGAUCUUAGCACCAAUUGGAGGACUGAGGAACAUAAUCCUAUCAGCCAAGACCUACAAAUUCUACCAGUGA